UGUGCAGUCGAAGAAAGCAUCUACCGCUACCACCCCUCGCUCCCCGCGAAUGCCGCCUUCGCCGCUCUAUUUCUAAUAGCCACGAUUGUACACUUUGUCCUUGGGCUGAGAUGGAAGACGCCGUGGGUCAUGUGGUGCACGGUUUUGAGCUGUACGCACGAAGUUGCUGGAUACAUCGCCAGAGUCUUGCUAUACAUUAACCCAUGGAACUUUGGCGCCUUCAUCACGCAGAUUCUUUGCAUCACGCAGGCACCUGUGUUCUACUGCGCAGCAAUCUACGUUAUGCUUGGGCAACGGCACGUUCACACUGGCCAUCAACUUCUACGCCUCCGACCUCGCACGCUUCCUUGUCAAGUAUUUCGUGUAAAUAUUUCUUCCUUGCGGAAUCGUCUCUCUGCAGCCUCCUCCGGCGAUGACAACAAUGGCGUGCGCAUCGCCAUGGCGGGACUGAUCUUCCAAGUGGUGACGCUGGUUGCAUUUUCUGCGCUCUUUGCCGAUUUAAUCUUCCGACUACUGAGCUAUGAGCAUGCGAAGAAGCUCACUCGGCGUGAUGGGUUAUUUUUCGUAUUCCUAAUCCUCGCAAUACUUCUGACGCUGGUGGGAUGCACUUUUCGGGCGUACGAGCUCAAGGAAGGAUACAAGGGCGAACUGAUCACGCAUGAGGAUCUGUUCAUUGCACUGGAGGGAGUGUAA